AUGGAAAAGAAUGACAUCAUCAACUUCCAGGCUUUGGAGAAAGAGCUGCAGGCUGCACUCACUGCAGAUGAGAAGUACAAGCGAGAGAAUGCUGCCAAGUUACGUGCAGUGGAGCAGAGGGUGGCUUCUUAUGAGGAGUUCAGGGGUAUUGUCCUUGCUUCACAUCUGAAACCUCUGGAGAGGAAGGACAAGAUGGGAGGGAAGAGAACUGUACCCUGGAAUUGUCAUUCUACUCAGGGAAGCAUCUCCCAGGAUGAAGCCACUGAAAUAUUCCAGGAGAAAGUACUCCUCCAGCCUGAGACCUCGGCAGAGUUCUACCGGAAUUGGCGGCGACACUUGCGAAGUGGGCCGGAGCGCUACCAGGCUCUGCUGCAGCUCGGGGCCCCAAGGCUGGGCCAUCUCUUUCAGAUGGAUGUGGGGUUUGGACUUCUGGGAGAGCUGCUGGUGGCACUGGCUGAUCAUGUGAGGCCAGCUGACUGGAGGGCUGUUCUAGAGAUCCUCCGCAGCCUGGCAGGCACGAGGCGCUUUACCUUGAACCUGAGCCUGCUGAGCCAAGCAGAGACAGAGGGCUGCAGAGAUUUGUUUCAGAAGCUGCAGACCAUGAGUACGCCCAGGCCCAUGAAGGAGGGGCUCAGCCAGGAGGAGCAGGGUCUGGAGACACAGCCUGGGGAGGCCCAGGAGGGGAAGAGGCUUCUGCAAGAGCUGCGAGGGCGGUACCAAGUGAACUGA